AUGCAAUUCAAGCUUCUCGCCCUCAUUCCCGCCCUCGUGGCCACGGCCACGGCCACCAUCGAGGUUGCCUUCAGUGGUUACUAUGUCGCCGACUGCGUCUCUCCUAGCAUCGAGGCUGCCAAUGUCAUCUCCGGCGCUUGUGGCCCAAACAACGGUCUCCCCCUCAAAUCGUUUUCUGCCUCGAUUGAAUCUGGCUCCUGUGACGAUGGAACCUCCCCGGUCUUGAAGAUGUACACUGCCUCCGGGUGUACUGAUGCAUCCUUGUACGGCUCUUAUGAGAUCACCAGCACCACCCAGUGCUUUGAGAUCGAUGCGACAUUCCUGAGCAAUGAGGUGGUGUGCGAGUAA